GGCUGGAGGAGGCAGUUUCAUUCACAUUUGCACUGCUCUGUGCCUGCUCAUCAGCGCAGUCCUCUCAUCCACUGCACCGGGGCUGCAGCCUGAUACACACCAAGAUUGGACAACACCCUAAACAAUCCACAGAAGACACUCUCUUGCCUUAUGAUUUUGCCUUUACCCCUCUGAGAUAGUAAUACGACUUCACCAAAUCUCCUCGAAGCGGCAGAAAUUGGACUCCUCCCAGAGAUCUGUAAUGUCUUGAGCAUCAAGCGAAAGUCAGGGAACGUACUGUGUACCUUCACAAAGACUCCUAUAUCUACAUAACUUUACAUGAUCUCUGCCUGUAGUAGAACACAAAGAAAAGACGAGACACCCACAUCCUUCUGUGCAAAUAAAGGAUUCAGCUGAGCAGAUAAAUACAGACUUCUGUCUGGUGGCCUUUUUCUACUAGGGCUGCCUUUUGAACGCUAAAUUAAAAAAAAAUGUCCUUUAAUGAGCUGUGAUAUGAUGAAGAGCUGCUGCUAACACUCAGAUUUCAAGAUUCAGCUGUUACUCAUUGUGCUUGAUGCACAUGUUUCUGCACAGUGCGUUUAGGAAACACAAGAAGAGAAUCCAAAACGGCUGCGGGGGAACAAUUGCCAAACAUGCCUACAGAAACACUACAGACAGGUAGCAUGGGGAAACCCGGGAGCCCAGCAGUGGCUUUCACAUCAGCUGUCCCUCUCCGAAUAUUGAACAAAGGACCUGACUAUUUCCGCAGGCAGUCAGAGCCUAAUCCUAAGAGACUCAGUGCAGUGGAAAGACUAGAAGCUGAUAAGUCAAAAUAUGUCAAGAGCCAAGAGGUUAUCAAUGCCAAACAAGAGCCUGUGAAGCCAGCAGUACUUGCAAAGCCUCCUGUGUGCCCUGGGGCAAAAAGACCUUUGGCUAGCCCAACCCUGAAGAUGUUUAACAACAAUGCAAGGUCUGAGAGCUGUGUACAAAGAGAGAACUUAAAGCUAGAAAUCCUUAAAAACAUUAUCAAUAGCUCUGAAGGCUCCAGUACAGGUUCUGUGCACAAGCUAAGUUCUCGGAACUGGCCUCCAGGUAGAUCAGACUCAGCAGACCAAAAUCGCCAUUCUUUUGCAGAAUCCUUGAAAGUCUACCCUACGCAAAGUCAUGGGAGCCCCCAAGAAACAAACUCCAACAUCAGUAGGAGGCUUCUAGAAAAAUCAGGUGAUACUUUUUUACAUGUUUCUCAUAGUUCCUCAGACAUUAGGAAAGUCACAAAUGUGAAACAGAUAAUGGCUAUACCCUGCAGCAGUUCAGCCCCACCUCUCCCUCCAAAGCCCAGAAUUGCCACCUUAACCACCCUCAAGUCUCCAGACAAUGAUACUUUGGAACCCACCUGUGGUGUAACCAGAAGGCCAUCACUCCAGCGAUCGAAGUCUGACUUAAGCGACAGAUACUUUCGUGUUGAUGCUGAUGUUGAGAGGUUCUUUAAUUACUGUGGACUGGAUCCUGAAGAACUUGAAAACCUUGGGAUGGAAAAUUUUGCAAGGGCUAAUUCUGAUAUAAUUUCUCUAAACUUUCGCAGUGCAAGCAUGAUCAGCUCAGACUGUGAACAGUCUCAGGAUAGCAACAGUGACCUUAGAAACGACGACAGUGCCAACGACCGCGUGCCGUAUGGUAUUUCUGCCAUAGAGAGAAAUGCCAGGAUCAUCAAGUGGUUGUAUAGCAUAAAACAAGCCAGAGACUCACAGAAGGUGUCCCACGUGUGAGAAUGAGACCACAUUAACUAAGAGACUACGUUUUGUCUGUGAAUAUUCAGUUGUGAAGAGUUGUAAAGUCUACUUGAAGUCUUGUAAACUUUUCAAACUGCUCUGUGUUGCUUGUUGUGCAAUGUUUUCAAGUUGCAUGCCUGUCAACAUGUGAACUGACCUGGCUUUCACUUGAACAAAUACUACAAAGCCUAGAUGACUAUGCUCUCACCAUCUGCCAAAAGUUUAAGACCAUUCAAAUUUAAUCGGCUUUGUUUUUUUAAUUAUAAUCUAUCGCCUACACACAGCGGAAGGUUAGAUUUCUAUGAAGGCUGUCAGUUUACUAGGAGCUAGCAAUAGUUGCUGAUGCAAGGAGGCCCAAAGUGCCACAUGCCUCAGUCAAGUCGCCAGUACUCUGGAGGUAUUGUCAAGGCGGUCUUUAGUUCAGCCUGUCUCUAAUGUUUGCAGGUGAGCGAUAGACUAUACUGUUUACAUGACAUAAAAAGGUAGACAUAUACAUGCAUAGGUCUUAUUGUGUUUUUUAUAUACAUUUAUAUAUACUUUAUUAAUGAGGUUUUUCAUUAAAAAAUGAGAAUGCUGUCAAGCGCUUGCUUACACUUUAGGUCUUUUGUAUUUAAAAGAAGAUGGUAAAAAUACAGACUUUGUUCAACAUUUUAUCUUUUUUUAUGAUAUUUUUUUUCUUCAGUAGUAUUAUUAGUUGUCUCAUCUACUUCAUGUUGUACAGGUAUGUGUCAAACAGUUUGUUCUGCAUGACUUUCUUUCCUUCAUAAUAGUUAUUCAGCAAUUUGUAGCUGGGGAGAACUCUGGGUAAGGGCCCAGAGUGUAGAGUAGGGUCAUCAGCAGUACAAAACUUUGUCCAUGCCUGAUAUAAUGACAGAAAUGCCAUCCUACAGGAGCCGUAGUGUUUUAUGACUCAUUUUGUUAAUUUUUAUUUUUUUUUCCUAAGUCUUAAACUUUUGACCAGAAAAAAUGUGACGAAACCUACAACUCCUAUAAGCUGCCUUCAACAGAAACAAUCAUUGCAGAUCCAUGCUACCAUUUUUCUUUUCCAUUCUCGUUGAGCAAGAUGGAAAUCUACAGCCAUAUCAGUAUAAAACAAAUCUCCAAUUCUGGAAUAGCCUCACUAGCUGGACUCUAGCUGAAUGAAUUGUGUUUGUUGUCUUGCAUCUCAGUCUAUGAAUGUUUGUCUCACUUGAAAGUAUUGUAGUUUUAACAACUUAAAACUGCUUUCACCUUCUCAUGGCAGUUCUUCUGCACGUCGGCCUUCUAGUUUUUUUGUUGUUUCCUGACCAUGUGUCUUCUCAGUGGGAUUAUCAGCUGGCAUUCUUCUGAGUAGCAUUUAGUUAUGCACCUUUUGCCUGCAUUCAGUAAAGACGGCCACUUUGUAGGUUAAGACGAUAUUUAUAAAAAUGCAACCUAUCUGCUCACUAGUAAUGACAUAACCGAUAAUCAUAAUGGCUGCCUUUGCUGUGUGUCUCCGGCGACAAGUGUACUUGAAUAGGAACUGCAAGGCCAGCUACCUUCUUACAGUGCUUCACGGUCUUCACAGUAUUUUGUUAAUUAUAGCAGGCCGAUGCAAAGUAGAAAAAAUAAAAAAUAAAAUGGAAAAAAACUUUUUUAUGGUGUAAAUGCUGUAAGGAUUUGUAAAUACUUCAUUUGCUAUCGAACCUUUGGGGGGAAAAAAGUGUUAUACUAAUAAAUAGCUCUUGUUCAGCA